AUGACUGUUCUUGAGGGCAAGAUUAAGAAUUUUACAAGUCGGGUUUUUCAAUCCGGCAAUGUCUAUCUGUCUUUCUAUCUAUCUAUCUAUCUCACUAUUGGUUUCUUUCUUCUUUCACGAAUGAACAUAUCUAUCUAUCUAUCUAUCUAUCUAUCUAUCUAUCUAUGUAUUGGUUUCUUUCUUCUUUCACGAAUGAAUCUAUCUAUCUAUCUAUCUAUCUAUCUAUCUAUCUAUCUAUCUAUCUAUCUAUCUAUUGAAUUUCUUUCUUCUAUUUCUAUCGAAUCUAUCUAUCUCAUCUAUCUAUCUUCUAUCUAUCUAUCUAUCUAUCUAUCUAUCUAUCUAUCUAUCUAUCUAUCUAUUGCUUUCUUUCUUCUUUCACGAAUGAAUCUAUCUAUCUAUCUAUCUAUCUAUCUAUCUAUCUAUCUAUCUAUCUCACUAUUGGUUUCUUUCUUCUUUCACGAAUGA